UCGCGCUCCUAGGCUGCCCGCUCUGCCUCGCGCCUGGAGUUCUCGCCGCUUGCGUCUGGCGUCCGCCCCGGGCCCGGGGUCCGUGUGUCGGCGUCUCAGUUGCAGUCCCUCGCUCGGCCCGGGGCACCACGCGGCGGGCUCCCUGCCCCCGACGGCCUUCCAUGGAGUAGGUCCGGGACCGUUGUCCCGAAGAGCGCGAUCGAGCUUGGCCCCCCUCCUCCCGCCCUCCUUCCUGCCGCGGCAACAUGGCUAACAACAGCCCCGCGCUGACAGGCAACUCGCAACCGCAGCACCAGGCGGCCGCGGCCGUGGCCCAGCAGCAGCAGCAGUGUGGCGGCGGCGGCGGCGGCGCCACCAGGCCGGCGGUGUCGGGCAAGCAGGGCAACGUGCUGCCGCUGUGGGGCAACGAGAAGACCAUGAACCUCAACCCCAUGAUCCUUACCAACAUCCUGUCGUCGCCUUACUUCAAAGUGCAGCUUUACGAGCUCAAGACCUACCACGCGGUGGUGGACGAGAUCUUCUUUAAGGUCACACAUGUUGAGCCGUGGGAGAAAGGAAGCAGGAAAACAGCUGGCCAGACGGGGAUGUGCGGAGGGGUUCGAGGUGUUGGAACAGGAGGCAUUGUUUCUACAGCUUUUUGCCUGUUAUACAAAUUAUUUACUCUGAAGUUAACUCGAAAACAAGUGAUGGGUCUCAUAACACAUACAGACUCUACAUAUAUCAGAGCCCUUGGAUUUAUGUAUAUAAGGUAUACACAACCCCCUACAGACCUGUGGGACUGGUUUGAGCCCUUCCUUGAUGAUGAGGAGGACCUAGAUGUGAAAGCUGGCGGAGGCUGUGUAAUGACCAUUGGAGAGAUGCUUCGCUCCUUUCUCACAAAACUGGAGUGGUUUUCCACUUUGUUUCCGAGAAUUCCAGUUCCGGUUCAGAAGAAUAUUGAUCAGCAGAUUAAAACUCGACCUAGAAAAAUAAAGAAAGAUGGCAAGGAAGGCGUUGAAGAACUAGACCGGCAUGUUGAGCGAAGGCGGUCCAGGUCUCCAAGGAGAUCGCUGAGUCCACGGAGGUCUCCAAGAAGAUCAAGAAGUAGAAGUCAUCACCGGGAGGGCCAUGGAUCUUCUUUCGACAGAGAAUUAGAGAGAGAGAAAGAACGCCAGCGACUAGAGCGGGAAGCCAAAGAGAGAGAGAAGGAAAGGCGAAGAUCGCGAAGUAUCGACCGAGGGUUAGAACGCAGGCACAGCCGCAGCAGGGAAAGGCACAGAACUCGCAGUCGGAGUCGUGAUAGGAAAGGGGAUAGAAGAGACAGGGAUCGGGAAAGAGAGAAAGAAAAUGAGCGAGGUCGGAGGCGAGAUCGAGAGUACGAUAAGGAGAGAGGCAGUGAUCGCGAAAGGGACAGGGAGAGGUCAAGAGAGCGGUCCAAGGAGCAGAGGAGUAGGGGGGAGGGGGAGGAGAAGAAGCACAAAGAAGACAAGGAGGACAGGCGACACAGAGACAAGAAGGAUUCCAAGAAGAAACACAGCCGAAGUCGAAGCAGGGAGAGGAAACACAGAAGUAGAAGCAGAAGCAGAAAUGCAGGGAAGCGGAGCAGGAGCAGGAGCAAAGACAAGUCGAGCAAGCAUAAAAACGAAAGCAAAGAGAAGUCCAACAAGAGGAGUAGAAGUGGUAGUCAGGGGAGAACUGGCAGUGUGGAAAAGCUGAGAAAACGAGAACACAGCCCGAGCAAAGAGAAGUCUGGAAAGCGCAGCAGAAGCCAAGACCGCUCCCACAAGAGAGAGCAUGGGGACGGCAAGGACCAGUCAGACAGACAGGAUCACCAGAGGAGCCAGAGUGGAGAGCCCGAGAGCCAAGAGAAAGAACAUAAAAACAAAGAUGAGGCUGUGUGAAGAUUUUGUAAAAUUGGAUCACAUUGAAUCCUAUAAAUGUUGAUUAAAUUCUGCUUUUCUCCCCCAAGUUGAGGUUGUGCAGUAGUUAUGCACUCUUUGAGCUCCCCGUAGGCUGUGUUUUCAUUUCUUUUGUGUAGGGAAGUGCCUUUGUAAUCCCAUUUAGUGCAUUGAUGUUUUCACCCCGUUGAGUUGACACCUGAUGCACAGAUUGUUCUUGCAUUUCUGUUUGUUUUUAAAAUGUACAGUCUGUACAUAUGUCCUGAAAAUGUUUUAAUUCCUUUGGCAUGGUUGCCAUGUUGGUUAAAUUUGUAUAAGGCAAUAAACUGCCACUAAUUCUAUUUUUGUUUGGUAGGUGUGGGAUUAUGGUUGUGUACUGAAGUUAGCAUGGCUGUGCUUUUCAUAAUAGAAUGCUAAAGACUUUGGGAAUGGAUCUUGGAUGUUUGUUUUAGGAGAAUUAUGUGCUUUCAAUAUACAUGAAGGCAACAGUUGUAGGGUUAACAUUCUUGUCCACUGUAUAUUACCUUGGAAGCUCUUGUUAAUAUGUUAUACUUAAUAUUCUCCACAGUUAAUGUUAGAGAAAAUUUAUGAGAGGUUUAAAUUAGGCUGUGAUUUGAUCAAAAGUCCUUUUAGCAUUCUACCUCAAAGGGACACUGUUAGUAUGCCUAAAAUUUAUUCACUUAGUUUCCUUUUUUUUUUAAACUACAUUGACAUGUGCUUUUUCCCUCCUUGAAUUCUUUCUCAGAUUUUAAAAGUACUAUAUUAAAAAAAAAAAAUGUGUAAAGCCUGGCAUUGCAACAACCCUAUACUGACCAGUGAUUGGGAGAGGGUGGGCACAUGAGUAAAGAAGCAUUCAAGCCUCAAGCUUCCAAAGCAUUUUUAUAAAUGGAGAAUACUUAAAUUAUGAAACAGCUUGAUAGAGUAUCCUUUUUUAAAAAUUCAAAACUUUUUUUAUUGAUAAUGAAGACUGCUGUUUGAGUUUUUAAACUUAAUCUAGGACAGAAGUAUUAACUAAUGCAGUGCUGCGUUAUUUAAGACUAUCAGCAAAUUAUUUGAUAGAUUGUUCUUAUGACUUGUAUUCUGAUUUCAGAAAACCAUCAUGAGUAUGGAAUAAAUACUGGAUUAAAUCCUUUA